AUGCUUCCCAGCCGAGCAAUCGUUCGGUCCGUCCCCUCCCUCGGGCUGCGGGGACAAGCCCCCGGCGGACGCGGUGCUAACCCCCCCACGCCCGCGCUGCUGCGACGGCUCGGCCGGAACCUCAGCUCGGUGCGACGCGGCAGCUCGCCGGUCCUGCUGGCGCGCAGCGCCGCCGGGACGACGGUGACCCUCGGCAGCGGCGCCGCCUCGGCCCGGCAGCUCUCCCUCUGGGGCUACGGCAAGAAGAAGACGGCGGGGGACGGCGAGGCGGCGCCAGCACCAGACGCUGCUGCUCGCAGCCCGGCCCAGGACCCCCUCGCCGAGCACGCGGCCCCCGCGCCUCCUCCUCCCCUCGAGCCGCCGGCCUCGACGCCCGCGCCCGAACCCGACGUCUCUCCCGUGCCCGACGCGAUGGCCGACGGCGCCGCCGCGGACGUUGCCAGCAUGCCCGAGGGCAUCGGCUACCUCAAGGCCCUGGGGCUCGAGUACGGCUGGGGCCCCACGUCGGCCAUGCAGUGGUGCCUGGAGCACCUUCACGUCCACACCGGCCUCGGAUGGGGCGCCUCCAUCAUGCUCACGGCCGUGCUGCUGCGGUGCGCCAUGCUGUACCCCCAGGUCCGGAGCCUGCGGUUCAACGGCGUGAUGCAGACGAUGCGCAAGGACCCCCGGGCCCAGGAGGCCAUGAAGAUGGUCCAGCAGGGCCUGAUGAAGGGCGACAUGGCGAUGCGCCAACGGGGCCAGUUCGUCAACAAGAAGCUCAAGGCCGAGUACGGCGUGAGCAACUUGGGCAUGCUGUGGUCCUUUGGCCAGAUCCCCUUCACCUUUGGCCUGUUCCGCAUCGUCAGCAGCAUGGCCAAUGUUCCUGUGCCGGCCCUGGAGAGCGCCGGCUACCUGUGGUUUACGGACCUGACCGCAACGGACCCUUACUUUAUUCUUCCGGCCGCCGGCACCGCCCUGAUGGUUGCUGCACUGAGUGUCAACUCCAAGUACACCCCCGAGGCGCAGAAAAAGAUGCUCCAGAAACUGACGUACGUCUUCGGCUUCGUCGGCUUCAUCGGCACCUCCUUCCUCUCCGCCGGCGUCAACCUCAUGACGGUCGCUCUCGGCGCAUCCACGCUCGUCACCUCCAUCGUCUUGAACAACCCCACGGUCCGCAGCAAAGUCGGCCUCUCCCCCCAUCCCCGCGUGGAAACCCCCUCCUCCUCCGCCGCCGCCGCCGCCGCCACGGCCACGCAAGCCUCGUACGAAGCGCCCCGUCAACCCCUCCGCGACCGCCUCAACAACCACCUCGACGAGGUGCGCAAAGGUUUCUCCGAGCAUCUCGCCAACUACACCGGUGCUCAGGGCGCCACUCAGCAGGAAAAGGCUGAGCAGAAGCGCAGAGAGCUGAUCCGUAAGCUGGAGGACACGCGUAAGCAGCAGGAGAGAGAAGAGUUUGAAAGGAAAUACAAGGGCAAGAGUUGA